UUCUUCUUCAGCAACACACGAUCUGGCGCCGAAUCUGUUUCAAUUACAAUUGUAAAUUGUAAAUUAUAAAUUAAAACUAUAUUCAAAAUGGGGCAGGAUUCCAUUUUACAGUGGGUGCGAAAGCUGGGCGAGAAGGGACCUCGAAGUGAAUUGGAAUUACUUAUUCAAAAUACUCCAACAAAAAAGCUAAUAGACACGCUCAAUGAGACAAUGACACGCAGCGAGGGAAUUACCUUUUGGAACUACCUCCUCCUGGGCUUCGUUUCCAACAGCGAAGAGUCCAGGCAGAAGCGAUUCGCCUGCGUGCAGAGUUUCAUGGACGGACUUCGUUGUGUGGAACUGAGUUACAAGCAGACCUUCGACCUGAUCACGCGUCUCUCUCAGGAUCUGUCUACCUUUCCCUCCGAACAGCUGGCCUGGAUUGUGGAGCACUGCGUGGACGGAAUGCGACAUGGCGAUGCCAAGUGUGUGGGUUGGAAGGACCUGUUGCCGGAUGCACUGACUCUGCUCUUGGCGAGGCCGAGAUUUGUGGUAAAUGGCAUUGGAUUAGAUGGACUUGAGUAUAGGAACAACACGGUCAAUUCUAUAUUCACAAUGCAAUGGCCAUCUACGAUUUUGACGCCAAUUGCUGACAUGCUUAAAACUAUGAAUCUCAGCAACACAGAACUUUUGACGGUUCUCAACAAGUUCUCAGGCGCUCUGCAGGAGCUAUCCCCCAUGGAACUGCCAGCCCUGUGCUUCCAGCUUUUCUCGAUGUGCAACAGUGCAUCGCAGCUCAUUAUGCCACUGCUGGCACUGGAGAAGUACUUUCACAGGAACUUUUACAAGCGUCUCUUUUCCGAUAUGUCUAGUAAUUCCACAAACUUUGAUAGCAUAGACUCUUUUUCUGACAAUGAGCUGCGCGAGGCGGAGGAAACCAUUCUGCAUCAUUUGAACUACUGUACUAUGUAUAAGCUAAACGAGCAAAAUUUGGUUAUUAUGCUAAGGAACUUUUCGCAUAUGCCAGAUGUAGUUUUGACGCCCUUUAUGCUAAGUGCCAUUAUUUCCAUGACCAGUAUCAAUCGUGAUCCUGAAUCUGCUCGAAACUCCCAUUCAAUAUUGUUGCCUUUCCUGCGAAAUGUUAUCAACCAUAACGAAGAGGAACGCACUUUAGCGGACUAUUCUGUAUGGUAUCGGGAUACACUGCAGCGGAAACAAGUCGACUUGCAACAGGUGUUAACGGUGCUCAUCGACCAGAACAAAGAGGGCAAGGAUGUCAUAACUCCGGGGCUGGUCCACCUCGUAUUUUCUUUACUUAAAUCGCACUCGCCAAAGUUGCACAGUUUGGCUAUAACUUUUCUUACCAAAUUUAUUCGCAAGCGGUUUAUUUUUGGCCAGGGCAUUAUAAAGCUUGUUUCCGAGUGGAUGAUAGUGUUUCAAGAUCAGAAUCAGUUCUCAGAAUGCCUCACACUCUUGAGCGUGGCGGAUACGUUCACAGUUUCAGAAUGUUCAAAGACCAUAGAAACUGUUUUGGAGCACAUGCAAUGGCUGUCCGGAGAGCAAGCCAUGCGUAUGAUGAACUUUAUAUUACCGCUCCUAAAAAUAUCUAAUCGUGUUCGAGAUGCUCUGAUUGAUGUUCUCUGCAAAGCCAUGAGUUCCAGUUGCAUUCAAAAGCGUCGCAUGGCCAUCUAUGGGUUUUGCAUGAUUCUGAAGCAGCUGAACAACAGCAAUGCCGCUCGCCAGACCUCCAGCGCCACUAGCUAUUGCACUCAGCACAGCAUUUCUGGAUACUCCAUGAUGUCCCAGAGCACUUUUGGAAGUCGCAGCAACCCACAGAGAAAUUUUGACAUGCUGACGCUUGAAAUCAUUGGAUUGCUGAGGAAUUGCCUUCAGCAACAGUUUGAAAUAAGGUGUACACUGUAUGAAAAUCUCCAAAGAGCUGUAGAGCUUAAUGCGAAGCUCGUUGUCCAUGUUCUGCAAGUGAUUGAUUGGCAUUUUAGGAGUUUUUUCGACACCCCUCCCGAAGAAGAUGUUAUAGAUGACUUGGACACGGUUUUCCGCAUUCGUUACGAUAGCCUGGUUAGUGCCAACGAUGAACAACAUAUGGAAAUUCAACUGAAGGACAAUCUGGGAAGACUGAUCCAGUUCGUGGCCAACUGCCUAGCCAUUUUUGAACGAGCUCCGACAGGCUACGAUGCACGAGAGAUGAACCGUCUUUUGAACCUUUGUGUGCAACGGAUGGUGGACAACAGACUUCCAUUAGAAGACACUUCACCUCCAGCCACGCACUUAAAGUGUGCCCUCGUGUGGCAGCAAAUGAAUAUAAUCGAAGGAAUCAUAUCUCACUUGCUGCUAUCCUCGAAACCCAGCAACGAACAAAUAUCUCACAUUCUGCCACUUUUUAAGAUGCACACCAAGCUUACUGAAAAUCACAAGGCCUUGGCAGGUGCCUCGAAAAAGGCUCAGAAACAAUCAAAGCAUGGUUCUAACACCGAAAGCAGUAAUAUUACAAUGAAUGGAGUGCAAGUAAAGAACAUUUGUCCGCAGCCGGAAAACAUUUGGGACUUGACUAUUUUGGAAAAACUACUACAUCUCUUGCUGGAUGAUGUUGUUGCCUUUGCUGCUCCGGAAAAGACUGUUCUGCUGCGGUCCCAUCAGCCUCUAGUUCAGUAUGUUUUGCAGAUUGCCGCCAAAAAAGUGCAAUCCAUCCGACAAGAACCAGACUACAAGCAGCUAACAUACAGCAAGCGGACCCUAAAACAAUUGACGGAUAUUACCAAAGUCAUAUACGAACGCUGCAUCCGUAGGCUGCCGGAGUUGUGGAAGGAUUUUGACAUGCAGAGCUCCGCAUUGGCUGCCGAGUGCUUUAUGGAAUGUCUGCGUACAGCCCACGAGAUUUAUCCAAAGAAGUUCAAUGAGUUUGUGAAGGGAUUUGACAUGGCCACUUUGACCAAGAACAAGGAAGCAGUUCUCGUCCUCCAGGAUGUUUUGGACACGUUUAUGGAUGAGUAUGGCAGUGAUGAUUCGAUUUGCAAGGAUGAGUUCGUAGCGAAACUACCCAUUUGGCUUUUUGAGUCACUAGAGAUCAUGUUGGACCACAUUCAGUACGAUGACCGGUUGGCCACAGACUCAUACACUUGGCUCCUGAACUUUUGUUGCAAUUUCGAGAUCUUAAAUGCAGACAUGGGCCUGGUCCAUAGGAUCCUUUUUGUUCAGCGGCAGAAAACACACUUGGGACCAUUCUUUGACAACAUUGCCAAGCAAUUGGGCAGUGUGCUUGGCGCCCACAAUGAUGACGUGCCAGUUGAUUCUGUAGGACCGAACCUGAAGUCCCUUAGCAUGGUGACUGUGGAGAGCUGCUUACAAUAUCUGUACGCUGCUAUCCAAAAGCAACUGGCAGAUGUCGAUUAUUUUGUGACAAAAGCUAACAAUUUAAACUACAAAUGCCAGAUAGUCCCCGAAUCUGACCGAAUAUAUUGGCGCGGCAACCUGGACGUCAUGGAUCGUUCCAUAUGCACUCAAAUUAUUCACAUUUCAAGGACUUUGCUGGCACUCACCAACGUUUGUAUUCCACUGGGGGCUUCCAUGGACGGUCUUCUGAAACUUCUGAUUCAGCACUACACAUGUAUGAAGAACCUGACCAGACACUUUCUGUCUUGCUGCUCCUCGGACUCGACCAACACGAAUAUUCGUAACACAAAGUUCGAACUUCUCCUGCGAGAUGUGGGAAAACAACUGCCUUCCAACAUAUAUGAGUUGAUUAACUACAUAGAAGCGAAUGCCAUAGACGAGGAAGCUCAGCAGCAUCUCAAGAAGCGAAAGGUCCAGGCAGAGCGAGCGAAAGUUCUGCGGGAGACCCGAAUGAUCCCCAAAGUCAUAAUGGUUAUUGAAGACUUCAAUAAACACAUAAUUCUGCUCUCAAAGAAGGCAAAGGCUCAGAACCGGCUGACCGAUUAUUUGCAUUUUGGAACCAUGCGCGACUUCGACAUUAAGUCCACUGAUCUUAAGGCGGCUAUCGAACGCAGUAUUUCAGAUGGCCGCAAUAUCGCGGUGGAUGAAAGCCAUGCGGAAGAGGAUGAAGACGACGAUGCCCAGUCAUGUGGGUAUCCGGAAGAAGUUGAAGAUGAAGAAGAUGAACCUGUGCAGGAUGAACCAGUGCAAGUAGCGGAGAAAAGCCAGCGCCGGAGACGAGUGCUUAGCUCCGAUUCGGAAGAGUCUCAACCUAAACGGAAACGAGGUCCCAAGCCCGCUGAAAAGCAAAAGAAUCUUGAAGAGGAUCCUCCAAGCACUUCAAAAUCAGUACGUUCCAAAAAAGAUAAAAAGAAUCCGGCACGGACUUCACAGGAUAAAGGGAGUAGUGAUGGGGAGGAACCACCAAGCACCUCAAAAACUGUACGUUCCAAAAAGGAUAAAAAGAAGCCAACACAGGCGCCACAGGAGGAAAGUGAUGGCGACGAACAGCCAGCUAAAAAAACAAGAGCCUCUAGGACUCGACCAUCAGUCGAAGUACUGGAAAGUGAUGGCGAAGAGGAGCCUGCCAAAAUAACCAGAGCGUCUAGGACUAGGACUUCAACCGAUAUAAUGGAAAGUGAUGACGAAGAGCCACCAUCCAAGCAACAAGAAGAGUCUAGUGAAGAGGUAAUCGAGGACGAAGAACAGCCGGCUAAAAAGACCAGAGGGUCUAGGGCUAGGACCUCGCUGGAGGAACCUAAUGGUGAUAAUGAAGAGCAGUCGUCUAAGAAAGGAAGGGAGACCCGAAAGCCAAAAGAGCCUGUGGCAAAGGACAAGCCUUUAAUUAGAGUUCGCCUGGGUCUCUUAAGAUCGGGGAGGUCUGGAAAACUAGAUUGAUUUGAAUUUCAACCAAAAUAUUAAUGAUUUUGAUUCCCCAAAUAUGUUUUUUAAGUUUGUGAAGUCAGAGAAUCUUUUUUAGUUACCUAUAUUACAUUUUGUUGUAUUAAAUACUAUUAGUUCUUCUAAAACUUCCAUCCAAAAGUGUAAGGUAAACUUCCUAAUAUAAAAAAUUAAUCGAAUUUGUUUCAUAAAACUCUAAAGAACCGUCUUUGUUUUGGUUUAAUGGAUUGUUCAAUAGAACAAUAAUGAAUAAAAUUAAACCGGUUCAGAGAUACAAGUAACAACCGCACCACGUUUAUAAAUAUAAUUAUUUAUUUUUUUUAAGUUUAAAUCAAAAUAUAUAAACAAGUAACACAGCGAUA